UCGGUAUCUAAGCAGAAUGUGUUUAUCACAAAGCAUUUCCCAAGGGAUGCAGUUUGGAGCCUGGUCCUUUCCGCUGGGAUGAAGUUUGACAGCUCCCAGUUUCCAGGGGAAGGAGUUUACCGCCGGACCGGUUUCCGGGGGCAGGAUUUGGUGGUUGUCAUCAUUCGUGAUGUUGCAGGCUCAGGGCUCCCUGGCUGAGUCGGUGGAUGGAGAUGAGCUGAGGAGCGAGGAUGGCUUUCCUGGAGAGAGACCUUGUCUCAACUACUACUGUCUGUACCUGUACCAGACAGGGAGUCUGUCCCUGGCGGUCGCAGAUAGUGACGAUGGCUCCCCAGCAAGUGCUAUGGGAGAAAUGUCCUCCAAUGAAGACUUCAGUCUCUUGCUGGUGGACACAAGCUUACCUGCUGAAUCGGAGCCAGAGCUCAAGGGAUUUAUUGCUAAGUGGCUGUCUCGAGGCGCCUUGUUUGAAGGGAUGGGUAAUGUCUCACCAGUAGAACUCAGCUUUCCAGAAUACAGCUUGGGUUGUUAUUAUUGCCUUUUACGACAAGACCAGGCAUGCGAGUCCAGUAACCAGCCUCCAGAAUAUGUGGUGUGCUUUCUCGGUGGCUCCGAAAAGGGGCUAGAUCUAUUUAGAUUGGAACUAGACAAAUACGCUGCAGUCCUGAAGACUAAACUAGACCCACAGAUGAUCAAUCUGGAAGUAGAAAUUAAGCCUCUUCUUAGCAACUGGUUUGCAGACUCCGUAUUGCCCAUUUAUCGAGUGGUGACUCUGUUUCAGGACAAGUUGGCCUAUUUAUUACAUGCAGCUCUGAGUUACACUCCAGUAGAAGUGAACAAUGCAGAUGCUGGAACACAGAAUGAUAUAAACAGGUUCAUGAGCUUAGCGAGUCUGCAAGGCCUUGUUCAGGAAGGUACCAUGAACUCCCUCUGCAUUGUGAUGAGUGACGAACUUCAGAAACCUGUCUAUGUGGAUUUCAGCGACUCCCAGCCACAGUUCAUUAAUGCAGUGAGCAACAAGUUCUGUGAGGACUGGAUGCAGGUCUUUAUCAAUACAUACGAUGGCGGAAAUCCCUUUCUCUUUCGCCAGAAGCUGGAAAACUUCAAGCUGAAGGUCAUUCAGGACAUGAACAGUCUGAAGCGGCUGAUCCGGCAGGCAGAAAUGAGUCAUUAUGCUCUGUUCCGCUGCUACACGUUCCUGAAGAACUGUGGCAAUGGAGACCUGCUCCUAAAGUUUGUAAAGGUGGAGCAAGCGGAAAUGCCUGAGUCUGGCAGCGUGGUGAGCGUUCUGGAGGAGUUCAUUCUGGAAGAGGGAUCUGCUGUACACAAUUCCUAACUUCGCGCUUUGGGUUUUUGUGUCCCAUAGUGAGAAAUCCCUUUAACAAACCUGUAACUGAUCCUUCUCGCACGGUAUUACAGUUGCAUUGACUACGCUCUCUCACUGCACAGGAUACACUGUAAGUUGGAUACAGAGAAAAAAAAUUAGUUGGCUAUACUACACACAAAAAUCCAGCUCUGGUCGCUAGGAUCUGUAGUUUUGAAGAUAGUUUGUUUAUAGGGCAGAUAUUUCCAUCAUCCAAGAUGGCCACUAACCAUUUCCUGUGUCUAAGGUCACGGUAGACAUUGACUGCCUCAGUUAUCCACUGACACGGGCAUCUUUUGUCCUCAUUGCUGCUCCUCACUUAGUUAAAAUACAGAUUAUAUUCUGUAUAACGAAAGUUUACAAUGUCGAGGACUGGUUUGUUUUCAGGAUGAAAUCCUCAAGCAUCUAAUUGCACCUUGUGUUCCACAUUGCUCAAACUGAGCAGGUCAAAAUUAACUUUAUCCCACAGCCCUCCUUGAGCACUUUUAGCAUGUGAUUUUAUUUGUGAGUAUAUGUUACAGGCAACGUUUGACAUGCAGGCAUUUAUAGAAUGCUUAAUGCAUCAGGCAGAUUGUGAGAUGUCAACAUAAUUUGGCUAGGCUUUGUACAUACUGCCUAAACACACUUGGGCAAGGUAUGAGCUUGUUAGGGACAUUCACCAAACCCUGUGGGAAUUUGGGAAGUUAAGGAAGCUGAAUAUUGGAUAUUUCAAAUACUGAAUGAAGGAAACUUCUUGCUUGAGCAACCACGGCUUCUUGAAGCAAGGUUCCUCUUUGCCUUUUCCAGGAAUUUGGCGUGAGGUGCUAGUUCAGAGAAACUCUCCAAACCUGGGUUUACAUGACUUGCACAGAUCCCAUACUGGAGCCAUUGUUACUUUGCCUAUAACAUGUAUUUGUGUGGUUUUGUAUGAAUACACAUACACAGUGUUUGAGUGUUGUAAAAGAUAAUGUGAGUGUGAAAUCUUCCUUUAUGUAAUUUUCAGGUUAUUUUUUGGGUUAUUUUAGCGGAGGAGCCUAAGCUCAUUACGGUGUUGUUUUGGGUAGAUUUUCAUAAUGCGGGAAUUAUAUGGUUGUCACUAUAUUGUUAGCCAUCACUUUAUUCAAAAUAUUGGUCUUUCUUGGGUCCAGUAGUUUCUUUCUUAGAUCGUUACAUUGGUGCUUGGAAAAGUGGUACGAUCCAAAACGUGUUCUUAACCAUUUCAUUACUACAGGUUGUCCAAUACUUGCGCUCUCAGUUACUGUAGGAGAUGUGAGUGCUGUACUAGAGUAGUUUAUUGCAGUCAGACUAGUCUGUUCCUACAGGAAGAUUCAGGGGGUGAGGGGAUAUGUAGGUCGUAAUGUCCCAUUUCUAGAACUUAAUUGUACUGUGUUAGCUGGAGAGACCAACAUUACUACUGAACGUAUACUGAUGGCACCAUCCACAGAGUUUUAUUCUAGCAUGUUACUGUGUAAGGAGUAGUAAGCACUCAUAAUCUCUUCAUUUCGCGAGUUUGGGGGGUGUCUGCUUUGUGCUGAAAGUGUUUAGCAAUUUGCAGUUGCCUUCAUACACAAUACAAUAAAAUAAAUCCUAAAUUCAUGAAAAAACAUAAAAUGCAGACACAUUUGUGGCUUUUUAAGAAUUAACAAAAGUAUGGUGUGUGCAGCAGUCUGUUCCCACAAAGCUUCGUCGUGCAAACUCCCAGGAUAAUAUAUUCAUAUGGGAUGCUUUCACAAACAGCUGCAGUAUCGGAGCACAAAGAAAAUGCUUCAUUUAGGGGUUCAGUUGAGAUGGGCUGGGAGAAAACUGUAAAUAAAUAAAUCUUAACGAACACUAACUUACUGGUUAUACCUAACACAUGGGGGCCUGCUAUAUCCCUCUUCUUCAUUUUGUUUUCCAUUUUCCAGUAAUCCUGUUAGAUAUUUUACUUUCUAAAAUUCUACCUUUUAACUUGCUAUAAUUCAAUGUCAUGGACAAAGACCUUGUGUUAACACGGGAAUAGCUGCUGUUCUGGAAGGAGGAAUUUCGCGUUUUCUCAAUCUUUCCCCCUAUAUUUCCGGCUGGGUGUCUCUUAACCCAAUAUCCCGAACCUCUUCUGUGAGGACCAUUAUAUGUCUGUGUGUGGCCCUAUACCCCCCCAGAACACACUAUACAGUUUACAUAUAGACAAUAGAGGGCAUCUCAAUGUCUGGAUAGAAUUCCAGUGUAGCAAUGUGUAAAGUAUCUGCCAUCCUAUUCACAGAUGAAUCAUUCCUUGCGGGAGACGUACACUGCACUAUAGGGCAUUUCAUUAUUUUUUUAGCUAUGUAUUCCUGAAGGGUAUAAGAAAACUGACUGGUAAAUAUAACCAUGUGUAUAUAUUUGUUUGUAACUUUAUAUGAAGGAAUAUUGUUAAACUUUGUUGGCCAGGGUUUAUAUUAAGUAAUAAUAUGUUAAUGUGAUAGAUUAGGUUUACCAAAGGCUUCCGGUCUUGUUAUUCGCAAUCUCCCACUUGCUAAUCAGAAGUUUGUAAUGCAAAUGCAUUUGAGUUAAGUGGUCAGUCUGUUCAGUUUUAUGAUUCAGCACUUUGUGAUGUCUCCAGUGUAAGGUCGUUCAGAAAACAAACCAGACUUAUUCCCUUGCAUGCUAAUGCCAUUAAUAUGUUUGGAGCUGGGAUUUAAGCUUUCUGAGUCUAUUUGUUAAUACUUUCAAAACUGUUUUUAUUUGCAUUGUGCCUUUUUAAGACAAUUCUUUUUUUUUUCUUCUGCAAAUAGACUUUUCCUCCAAGGUUUUCGUAUUCACCUGCUUGAUUUGAGUAUUGUAAUAAACGAAACCCUGUAACUAA